UGUAAAACAUAUUUUCCAGUACGCCUACAUUUAGUCUGGUAUCUAAUUGAUUACACAGCUUGAAGAAGCUUCCAUUGAAAUCGAGUGAAAACAAGAGCUGGCUACCUAAAUUCCAGAACGUAAAAGUGACAUCCCCAGCUAGCCAGCGCUCAUCAACGUGGAGAGGACGUGGUUGUGCCUUGUGCUGACUGACAGCUGUAGUCAGAGCUAGAAGACAGAUGCAAACUAGAGAAAAUGCUGAGCAGUUUCCAAGAACACGGAAUGUAGUGGAAUGACAAGAGCUGUGUGGCCUGGGCACUCUUGAGUGGCAGCUGGUGAGACUCCACGUGACUGGUUGCUGGGGGGCGAUGAGGGUGCGUUGGUCCCGGAAGCUGGGCUUCCUAGCAAAGACCCUCUUCCUGCUGUGGGUGCUAUGGCUGGGCUACAUGCUCCUAGCCCGCUCCACCGCCUCCUCCACAGGGGCCGAUGGAGGGGAGGACGGAGGGGGCCACAACCUGCUGGUCAGGCACUUCUCCCCCGUGGAGGAGCAGGGAGGUGAGCAGCUGGCCAGGCCCGUGUACGUGAAGGCGCCAGCGGACGCCAACGCGCACGGGGAGUGGGGCAAGGCCACCAGCCUGAACCUCAGCCCGGAGGAGAGGAAGCAGGAAGAGGACAGCGUGGAGAGAUACGCUAUUAAUAUCUUUGUCAGUGAUAAGAUCUCCCUGCACCGACACAUCCAGGACAGCAGGAUGAAAGAAUGCAGAGCUAAGAAGUUUGACUACCGUCGUCUGCCGACCACGUCAGUGAUCAUCGCAUUCUACAACGAGGCCUGGUCCACCCUGCUCAGGACCAUCCACAGUGUUCUGGAGAGCACACCCGCUGUCCUCCUGAGGGAGAUCAUCCUCAUAGAUGACUUUAGUGACCGAGUCUAUCUGAAGUCUCAGCUGGAGCACUACAUCAGUAACUGGGAGCGUGUCCGCCUCAUCCGCACCAACAAGAGGGAGGGGCUGGUCAGGGCGAGGCUCAUCGGCGCCACCUACGCCACGGGUGACGUACUGACCUUCCUGGACUGUCAUUGCGAGUGUGUCCCCGGCUGGAUCGAGCCGCUGCUGGAGAGGAUUGGUGAGAAUGAGAGCACCAUCGUGUGUCCGGUGAUCGACACCAUCGACUGGAACUCGUUUGAGUUCUACAUGCAGACAGAUGAGCCCAUGAUCGGAGGCUUCGACUGGAGGCUGACCUUCCAGUGGCACGCUAUCCCUGAGGUCGAACGCAAGAAACGCAAGUCCCGCAUCGAACCUAUCAGGUCUCCUACUAUGGCUGGUGGGCUGUUUGCAGUGAGCAAGGCGUACUUUGAGCACCUGGGCACAUAUGACAUGGGCAUGGAUGUGUGGGGAGGAGAGAACCUAGAACUGUCCUUUAGGGUGUGGCAGUGUGGAGGUUCUCUGGAGAUCCACCCCUGCUCCCACGUGGGACACGUUUUCCCUAAGAAAGCACCCUAUGCCAGGCCCAAGUUCCUCCAGAACACGGUCCGUGCUGCAGAGGUGUGGAUGGACACCUAUAAACAGCACUUCUACAACAGAAACCCACCGGCCAGAAGGGAGACAUAUGGGGACAUCUCAGAGAGGGUGGUCCUUCGAGAGAGACUGAAGUGUAACAGCUUUGACUGGUACCUGAACAACAUCUACCCUGACCUGCAUGUACCAGAGGACCGGGAGGGCUGGCACGGGGCGUUGCGUAGCUCUGGGAUCCAUUCAGAGUGCCUGGACUACAACUCUCCGGAACACAGUCCCACGGGGGCGCACGUCUCCCUCUUCGGUUGCCAUGGGCAGGGCGGCAACCAGUACUUUGAGUAUACGACCCAUAAGGAGAUCCGCUAUAACUCUGCGACGGAGCUGUGUGCCGAGGUCCCCGAGGGACAGAUUUACAUUGGGAUGACACACUGCCCCCACGACAGAACCCCUACACCCCCCACCAUCAUCUGGGAGUUCAGAGAGGACGGGACGAUCUACCACCCUCACUCAGACAUGUGUCUCACCACCUACCGCACAGCCGAGGGACGCACGGACGUCCAGAUGAAAAUGUGCACGCCCGGGGACAAGCAACAGCGCUGGAAGUUUGAGAAUGGGAGGGACUAACCUCACCCUAAGUGACCUUUAGAGGGAGAGACUCUCUCUGCACACUACUGAAGACUUGACAAAUGUCCUAAUUUAAAGUGCCUUUGCAAACCAAAUGGGGUCCACACCUGAGGUGACAAUAUUUCUGUUGAAAUUCCUCCUUUACAGUUGACCUCCUCUCACUGUGAGGGCUGAAAAACAAUAAGAAAGCUUGAACAUGUGGUGUCAGUUCUUAAAGACUGAUUUGAAAGAGGAACAAUGUCGUCAUGAGAAUUCCGUUUUUUUUAAUUCAGUGGGAUAAGCAUAGAUGCUAACAAAUACUCUUGCGUUGCACAAUGUUUUUUAAAUAUUUUAGUGUUAUUUUUUUUUUAUUUUUUUUUUACAGGUUAACCACAAGUCAUCUAAGGGUGUUUUCUGGGGUUUGAAAUGAAAAACUAAAAUGUUUGCUUAACAAAUAUGAUUAAUUUAAGGGUCUAAAGGAUUAGUCUUUCCUAGGUGUUGUUAAUCUGGGGUUUGUUACUCAAAGUUAACACUUUGAGAUAGCUAAAUAAGUCAAAAAGCUUGGUAUCAUAUGAGACUUACUAUACAAGCCCCAUCUUGUGUGAGUGAAUGAAGUGGACUCUGUCACACUAGUAGGCUACUUGUGUUCUACUCAUCAGCUUCUGACUCUGUUUGAAGACUGUGUUCAAGGUAGGAUCAGAUUGGGCUGUUGAAACACUGUUAAGCGUGCACUAAGUACAAUGUCACCAUUGCCUGAGGGUGGUGGGACAUUUGACAUGGUUGUUUGGUAGUCUUCACUGUGCUGUGCAAAAAACAUUCUUUACACAGGCUGAUUUACUGUGUCUACAAUGUGCCUAAAAAACUAAAAUCUACUGUGCCUAACAUAAAAGCAUAAACAUGUUAAUUUCACUUUCAUAGUAGCAUUAUUCUCAUAUGGGUGUUUGUCUGCAGCAUGUUGUCUGCUCUCUUCCAUAGCCUCACCAUUUCAGCUAGCACAUGGCAUGGCAUUGCUUACUGUAGCUUUCAGCAAUUGUUGAUCUCUCAAGGGCUUGAUUCUCUUAAAAGCCCAGUGCAGUCAAACUUCUUUUUUUUCCUGUGUUUUGUAUCAUAUUGUACAACUGCUGAUGAAACGAACACUGUAAAAGCUAGAAAAUUUGAUCAGUGUUGGUUCCUGAUAGUUGCUGAUUGAAAAUAAAAUCUACACAGGACUUUCUAAACAGCAGGUCUUGCAUGGAUGGAGUUUUGACUGCCUGGUGACAUCACCAGGUGGUAAAUUAGUUAAUAGAUCAAAAACAAAGAGUUCCAAACCUCUCGGCCAAUAACAGCUAGUUUUCCCUUCCCCAGACUUACAUCAAUGCAGCGUUUGUAUCAGUACUUGAAACUUCAACAGCACCAGCACUCUGCUCACUCUACUCAACCUAAACUUUUCCUAAAAUAACUUUUCUGGUUCACUUGAUUGGGAUUCUACGACCAAUGGAGAUUAAUAAUCGUGUGUGUUGCCAUUGAAGUGCUUAUUAUUGAAAUCAGCUGUACUGCCGAAGACUGCUCUUCCUAAUGCAGAGUAUUUUUGUGGUGCUUUGCACUAGGGCCUUUUUUAAAUCAAAUAUUUGUACUGAAUGGUUGAUCUUUCAAAGAUUUUAUAUGAUUCUAUGAAUUCUCUUUUUUUAUUUCCUUUGUAAAUUAUACUUUUUGGUAUAAAGGGACCUGAAUGGGAUGGGGCUUAUUUGAACUACUGUACUGAUUAAUAAGCAUAAGAGACGGUGGUGAUUGUUUGUACCAGUGAAGCAUGAAAGGGUUUAAAUAAAGUUGGAGUUUGAGGACUGCUGUAGAU